CUGCGUCUUAUAAAGCCACGGCAGCUCCAGGAGGAGCCUGAAGAGGCGACUGCCGUCUACAAUCCAGUCCGUGGAUCUGUAUCAUGCAAAGUGCUAUGUUCCUGGCUUUCCAACCCAACUUCGGCUCCAUGGAGAAAAGUGCCAGCGGCUACCCAACGAGCGAAGAGAAGAGAGAAAAGAUGAAGCGGACUAUCAUAAAAGACUGGAAGACACGUUUAAGCUACUUCCUGCAAAACUCAUCUACACCUGGGAAACCUAAAGCCAACAAGAAAGGCAAACAGCAAGCUUUUAUUAGACCUUCUCCUGAAGAAGCACUCCUGUGGUCAGAAACUUUUGAUGAGCUUCUUGCCAAUAAAUAUGGUCUUGCUGCAUUUAGGGCUUUUUUAAAGUCCGAAUUUUGCGAAGAAAACAUAGAAUUCUGGCUGGCCUGUGAAGACUUCAAGAAAACCAAGUCUCCCCAAAAGCUGACCUCAAAGGCCCGAAAAAUUUAUACUGACUUCAUAGAAAAGGAGGCUCCAAAAGAGAUAAAUAUAGACUUUCAAACUAAAACCAUGAUCGCUCAGAAUAUUGAAGAGGCUACAACUGGUUGCUUCACUACAGCCCAGAAAAGAGUCUACAGUUUGAUGGAAAACAAUUCCUACCCCAGAUUUUUGGAGUCUGAAUUUUAUCAGGACUUGUGUAAAAAGCCACAGAUUACUAGAGAGCCUCAGGCUACAUGAAUGAGCAUGGGAAAUGAAGUAGGGCAACAGAAAGAACAUUUGACUUUUUCUUGCUAAGGAGGAAGGCCUGUGGCCCAUGAAACCUGAAAAAAAAAAACUGAUGGUCUAAAAGACAAGCAUCAAAUUGAGCCUGGGUAUUCAGGAAACAUCACACAGAAAUAUUGACUCUGCAAGUUGAAUUGCAUAAAAUGAAUAACAGUGACAGUAAUGGCAUAGGAGAAGGUACGUUUCUGAUUGUCUUGCAAGUGUUAUAUAUAGAAGACAGUGAAUCCAUUGUCUAAGUGCUGUGUGUUUUUAAUUCACACUGGAGAAGAUGAUAUUCCAGAGCAGAUGUAAGACUAUUCUUCUGAAAGAGCUGGGUUUUUUUAAUCAAAUAGACCUGGGGGAGAUUAAAAAAAGCCUUGAUUAAAUGGCUAUACAUCUCUUCCUAAACUAGUCCAUGUUACCACUAAGUGUCUGAUUGAAUGGUUUACUAUGUACAAAGAGGUAUGCAAGUCCAUAUGACCCAGUCAUUUGUGUUACUGUCCCUCAUCAUGGAGAGAAAGAAGUGGUCCAGGUACAUGUUGUCAUAUGUUGCAGGUUAAGGUUGUGUAGAACACUACCACGUUUGUGAAUGCCAAAAAAAGUCUUGAAAGGCAGCUAAACUUCAAUGAAGUGGUCUUUGAAUACUUGUUUUUAAUAAAUUUAUUUUGAUAUUUA